AGAUGAGUGUCGGGGCUCGCUGUUGAGCCCCUCUCCCCCCCUCUCCCCCGCCCGGUUGUGAAGGAUUAUUAUCCAAGAGGAUUUAGACUUUGCUUAAAAAGAUGCCUGCUGCCUGUGAUUCAGUGCUUGAAGAUAUUGAAGAUAUUGUGUCAGCAGAAGAUUUGAAACCACAUGAUCGGCAGUUUGCAAGAAAGAAUGUUUUGCCAAAAGUGCGAAAACGCAAUUCACAAAAAAUUCAGACAGAUGAUGAUCCCCCAAGUGACAGCAUUAUUCCUGGUGCUCAGAAAAUCUGGAUUCGUACAUGGGGAUGUUCUCACAAUAAUUCGGAUGGUGAAUAUAUGGCUGGACAGCUGGCUGCAUAUGGAUACAAAAUUACAGACAACUCUGCUGAAGCAGAUUUAUGGUUGCUGAACAGUUGUACGGUAAAAAAUCCCGCUGAGGACCACUUCAGAAACUCAAUCAAGAAAGCCCAAGAAGGGAAGAAGAAAGUGGUUCUAGCAGGCUGUGUGCCACAAGCCCAACCUCGUCAGGACUACCUGAAAGGCUUGAGUAUUAUAGGGGUUCAGCAGAUAGAUCGUGUAGUAGAAGUUGUGGAGGAAACUAUUAAAGGUCAUUCUGUGAGACUGCUGGGUCAGAAAAAGGAUAAUGGAAAACGUUUGGGGGGAGCACGACUGGAUUUGCCAAAGAUUAGGAAGAAUCCACUGAUAGAAAUCAUUUCCAUCAAUACAGGGUGUCUCAAUGCAUGUACCUACUGCAAAACUAAGCAUGCCAGAGGAGAUCUAGCAAGUUAUCCAAUUGAAGAACUAGUGGACAGAGCCAAACAGUCUUUUCAAGAGGGUGUUUGUGAGAUAUGGCUGACCAGUGAAGACACAGGGGCUUAUGGCAGAGACAUUGGCACAGACCUCCCUACGCUUCUGUGGAAGCUGGUUGAAGCUAUUCCUGAGGGAGCUAUGCUGAGGCUUGGCAUGACAAACCCUCCCUAUAUUUUAGAGCAUCUGGAGGAAAUGGCGAAGAUUCUCAAUCAUCCAAGAGUAUAUGCUUUUCUGCACAUACCAGUCCAGUCAGCCUCUGACAGUGUGCUCAUGGACAUGAAAAGAGAAUACUGCGUGGCAGACUUCAAACAAGUAGUGGAUUUCCUUAAAGAAAAAGUGCCUGGAAUAACAAUUGCUACAGACAUCAUCUGUGGUUUUCCAGGAGAGACAGAUGAAGAUUUUCAAGAAACAAUGAAACUUGUAGAACAGUACAGGUUUCCAAGCUUGUUUAUUAAUCAAUUUUACCCACGCCCAGGAACCCCAGCUGCAAAAAUGCAUCAAGUUCCAGCUGCAGUGAAAAAACAGAGAACAAAGGAUCUGUCCCUGCUGUUUCAUUCAUACAAUCCAUAUGAUCAUAAGGUUGGUGAGAGGCAGAGAGUUCUGGUAACAGAAGAAUCCUUUGAUUCCAAUUACUAUGUUGCUCACAAUCCUUUCUAUGAGCAGGUUCUUGUGCCAAAGGAUCCUCUGUUAAUGGGUAAGAUGGUAGAAGUGAAUAUUUAUGAAGCUGGGAAACAUUUUAUGAAGGGGCAACCAGUGUCAGAUGCCAGAGUUUACACUGCAUCCAUCACCAGACCGUUAGCGAAAGGAGAAGUUUCUGGUUUAACAGAGGAGUUCAGACAUGCACCACAGAAUGGCACAAACUGGAAAGCACACCCUUCUGCUGAGAUCCCAGUGAGAGCACCGCUCAGCUCGUGGAUGGCUUUGCAGCUCCCAUGGCAACGAGAGGGAGGUGGACUGAAGAUACUGUCUGUCAGCCUGGCUCUACUGGCAGUUCUUCUUAUGGUUUACUACGGAGGAAUGAAAACAGAACUGUGAACUGAAUGAGGCUUUUAUGAAAACAAUAAAACUGCUGUUUAAAAUCUUCAAAGGAAACACUUUUAUUAACAAUUCUUUUUUUUUUCUUUAAAAAGCUAAUAUAAAUUGGGCAAUAAUUUGUACUCACCCUAUGCCUUUCCUGUCAUUCAUAGGAGAGAAUGUUAAUAAGCUCUAGGGAGACGUAUCUUGCCAAAAUUUGAGAUCUUUGGUUGGCAGAACGGUUUGUUGCAUCUUUCCUCUUCUUGUUUCUAAAAUGAUGCAAUGUUUGCAUUGCUUACUCUUUUCAUAACUGCUGUAGCAGGUAAAAUUGCAUGCAGGAAAUUCAUGAAGUUUAUAAGAAAUCUUUCCAUUGAGUGAUGUUGGUAAUCUUUUAUGGGCAGAACAUAUAAAGCUUUCUUAAAGAUUUUGCUUAAUGCAGUGUGAUGGUUUGAUAUGUGUCUUUUUACAUUAGAAUCAAACACUGCUGGGCCAUUAAAGUUUGUCAUUUGUUGCUGUUUAUUUUGCUGUCAUGUCUGAAAGAAUUUUUGGCCUGCCAUCUUGCCUGUCUCAACUUCACAAUGAGUUACUAGGCUUUGUUAAUGCAAGAGUUAUUUUUUACAUAG